CUUAAACGAGAACAAUAGUCUUGAAUUGCAUUUAAAGCAAUAAACAACAACACACUUGGCACCAAAAGUCAUUUUGCUGUGACAUAUUUUUAAAGUAUCAACACAUACAGUACAUAAAUACUAGAGUUGCUGUAUGACUAGUUGCUAUGUUGCUGUAAAUACAAGUACACAGUGUAAAGUGACUGUCACUUAUCAAAAUAAUCUACAACACUUGCCCCACAAGCCGUUUGAUAGGACUUAAAACAGGGAAGUGACAAUUCCUAUCUUCCUCUUUUUGUUUAAAGUGGCCACUUACUAAGCUAACGUCAUUUCUUGGUAGUUUUCCUCAAAGAUUUUCUCUCAGGGAUGUGGCACAAAUAUUACAGAGAGGAGUCAACCUGAUUCUCUAUCUCUGCUGUCCAGCCAGAAGGAGUAGCCGUCUUGCCCUGGCCCUAACUGGCCAACAGAUGAAUGAAACCAGUGCUUAGAAACAGAUCAUGAACAGCUUCACCAAAAGGAUGAGAAGGAGGAGGAACCAGUGACUUAUACCCUAAAAGCAGACAACCAGCAUUUGGAGACCAACCAUUUCAGUGAUUUGAGAUUUUCCAGAAAAAAAAACAAAACAAUUGAUGACAUGAUAAAUGGAGACAUACAAGAACACCCGUCUUCUGCUUCGUCUUCUUCUUUUGCUUCAAGCCUACACCAUCAGAGGAGACAAUUGUCCCAGCGUCCGAGAUAAAAAUCUCACCUGUUACAGUGACUACAACCGUACCAUCACUUGUUUGUUGAACAGUACAUAUGAGCGUGACCACAGAAAUGCUACGUGCACACUACACACCAAAAGGGUGAACACCAAGUACGCCAGUGAAAACUACAUCACUUCCUGUAAACUGGAGCCUGUUGACGUCUCCAGACCAGCUCUGAAGAGCUGCACCCUGAAAUUCAAAUUCAAUGAAAUUUUUCUGUCCUAUUUUGAGUUUUCCAUUACUCUGAAGUGUGGUACUGUGGAGAAAAUUUUGGCAAAUUCCUACAAACCAGCUUGCCACAUAAAGCUGAAUCGUCCAGGAAAACCAGAUAUCAACUUUACCACUGUUUCCUGGUUCCCCCAACUUGAGAAGCAUUCCAGAAUCAGUUUGUACACCUCCCAACUGCAGUGGAAAAGAGAGGAUCAGUCAUGGAGUGAUGCGCACGAAGAACCCAUCCAGAAAAGUGGUUGGGAAUUCGAGGCAGAGUUGGACGAAGAUCUGCUUAUACAAGGAGAGAGGUAUGAGGCACGCAUUCGAGUGCAGGCCUCAGAUUACCUGUCAACCUGGAGUGACUGGAGUCCUGUUGCAUCAUGGGUGUCAACUGUAGGAAAAGUAAAACCAACACCAUCACCACUACCAGAUUUUGCUGGGAUUGAAUUGGGCAUGAUCGUCGCAGGCGCAGUAGUUGCCUUGUUUCUGGCUUUGAUUCUCUUUAGGAGAGACAAAGCCAAUUGGGUUUAUAAGAAGAUCAGAGGUCCGCCAUUACUGGACCCAGGAAAAUCCUUCCUGAGGGAUGUAAAUUUCCAGAAUUGGUUGAGCCCUCACUUAACCAGCCAAUCCUUUCUUUCCCCCCUGAAACCGGAGGAAAUCAUCAAUGUAGAGGUAACCUCCACUGUGGAUGCUGUCACACCCUGCAAAUCAGAGGCAGCCCUGCUGGAGAAGAUGAGAAGUGAAAGUAGCUACGAGUCGACCAGUUCCAGUUUCACCAACCCCAGUUACUCCCAGCUGUGUCCUCCUCCUCCUCCUCCUCUCUCUUUGCCCUUUGCUAGGAAUCUGGAGCCCUGUGCCACUGAUGCACCUAAUGGGUCUGUUGGUAGGCAAGGUGAGGGUAAAACUGCAGAACAGGAUAGGGAGGAAGAAAGACGGAAAGAAGUGGAGAUCCAACAAUUAUUUUCCAAAGGCAACAGCAACAAUGAGUCAGUGCAGGUCAUUUCAGAUUAUGAGAAAGUUGAGAAGCCCCAGGUCGAGCGCUUCAGGCUCCAGAGUCUAGAUUCAGGUAUGUGCAGUGGCGAAGAGGUCAGUCAAGAGAGUCUGGAAGCAGAUAGCAUCCAUGUGACGGAUGGCCAUGAUGAGGGACCAGAGGGUAAAGAGCAGGAGAGAGAGGGAGGGAAUGGAAAAGUAGAUUUUCAUAAGCUGUUUGGAGGCAGUGGAAGCGUUUUUGGCAAAGGGUCCAUUCAAGUUUGUUCAGAUUAUGAGCGAGUUCAGAAGCUGCAGCCGCACACCUCUGAACUUCCUAGCUUGGAUUCAGGGGUUAGCAGUGGGGGCGAGGAGCAGGUGAGUCAUGAGGAAAGCCUGGAGGACAUCGAUAAGUUCACUGACUCCACAAACUUCCCAUUUUCUCCUCUCCCUUCCUGUGCUUUACCAUGCUCCUUGACUUCUUUCCCACAACUGCCACCAAUGUUCUCAGAGACUGGCUUGCAACCUCCAAGUCCAAAUCAUAUACUGGGGGGAAUUGCUCUGAUGUCAGUGUCCAGAUCGAUGGAAGCCUCUGGUGAUGGAUAUAUGCCAGUGAAACAGGAACAGUCUGUUUAGAAUGCCUGACCAUAAAUGCUGCGCAAAAUAUGAUAUGAAAUGUGCAGGAUCAAUGACAGCUCAGUUAAUUCAUGCUUGUUCUCAACAGUAUAUAACAUCAUAUGAACAUUUAUUAAAUGCUCUGGGGUGAUUUUAAUGAAUGUAUUUCUUCUAAACUCAUAAUACAUAUUUAUAUAAUUAUUUAUCAUGUACUAUUGACCUACACACUCACACUUCCUUUAUGUAUAUCUAUAUCUCUAUAUAUAUAUAGAGAUAUAGAUAUGUAUAUAGAUAGAUAGAUACAAGCCAUUUAGCCAUAAACACAAACCAUGACAAAAAUACAAACCAGAAAUAAUAAAAGAAAGAGUAUGAUAUCCAUAUAGUGUCUCAGAUUAUGUUUUGCUUUUCUUUAGCUUCUUUGGGGGGGGGGUCUAUUCUAGGGGGUUUCUAGGGGGUUUCUAGGGACAAAGUUGUACAGACCAUGUCUAAAUGAGUUUUGCCAGUAAUAUGUCUUGACAAUGGUUCUAGACAUCGGUUUACUUGACUUUUAAGGAUCUAUAUAUGUAGAUUAUGUUGAAUGCUGCCUUGUAAUGCCUGGUUAGAAUGGCCACUGUAUGAGAUACAGUGAUGCUGAUUAAACCAACAGCAGUUCAUGUCUCCAUCCCUGCGGUUAUACAGGAACCUGUUUAAAUCCCAUCGGCAGGGGUCAGAGGUCAGCAUCACUACUAACUAUAGAAAUAAGAGGAUUGUAUUUGAUGUUUAAAACCAUACUGAAGCAUGAAAUCUUGGUGCUAUUUGCUAUUUUAGCUUAGACUGCUGAGGGUUGCCGGGUAGAUAACAGACUUCUAUUGUUCUAUUGUUCUAUUGUUGUUACCUUUUUAUUUUCAGUGUUGUCAUUUUGUUUUAUUCGUGGGUGAACAACCAAAAAAAGCCCCACUAUUGCCACUCACCUGCCACAUCACUUGUUUUGUUGUUAUUAUCACUGUAUGCAAUGAUAAUGAUGUAAUUACUGAAAUGCAUGAUGUAUUCAAAUUGUUGAAACUUCUAAUAAAAUAAAUGAAAAAUGGGA